ACUCAAACAGGUAUUCUCUUAAUGCCAAUAAGCACAUUUUGCUUCAUAUUAUGUUCUUUGAUCAUCAAGCUUUGAUCUUUAUGGCUGUUUGGUUUGAUAUUAUUAUGUUUAAAAAUGUAAUCUUGGAACAGAAUUUGGUUGUUAGAGUUCAUUUUCCUAGAUUCUUGGAAAUCAAGAACAAUGGGCCUUAGAAUUGAGAAACUGACUUCUUUAUGUUUGCAAUAUCUGAUUUAGAAUGAAAUUAGAGUUCUUGAUCUAAUUGGGUCAACCUGUAUGGGCGAAUUUUGCUUAUUAUUUAUCUUCUUUUUCCCAUGAAUAUGAUUUUGUAGCCCACUUAGGGGUGUGAACUCCAGAUUGUACACGAAAUUCACAGGUUUGGGUUGGUUUAGCUAAGCGGGUCAUGUCGGGUUUGACCCGUCAACCCACUAACAUCCCUAAGCACACUGUUGCCCGUUUGAAGCGUUGAUUGUUGCCCGUUAACCGUUUUUAAAUGGCGUACCCGGUGCUUGGCUUAUGUCCAAGCUUGAUACAAAACUACUAAUCGGCUUUUGUCCCAGUUGUUGAGUGUUAUGUGUCUUAUGUCUUAUGUCCAAGGCUUGAUACAAAACUACUAUCGAGCCAGGGGUCUCGCUGGAAGCAACCUCUCUAUUCCUAUGGGAUAGAGGUAAGGUUGUCUACAUCUUACCCUCCUCAGACCCUACCUUAUCUUUACUAUUGGUGGAUUUACUGAGUAUGAUGAUGAAGAUGAUGACCCAGUGCUUGGCUUAGCUCCCGCAUUUAGGAUGUGUAAGACCAAUACCAUCAUUUAUCUGCUAAGAUCAUGAAUUUGAAGUCAAAGUCAAAGUCAAAGUCAGAGUCAAGUGCCUUAAAACACAUUUUCUGCUAGUACCACACAUCAAAUUGCUGAAAUACAUUAAGUUUCUGGAUAUUGAGAAGCAUUUGUAUGCAAAAUGGGAGAAUUUGGUGGAGAAAGAUUGCAUUCUGUCAUCAUCAACAAGCACCAAAAUAGACCAAUCAUAAGCAAGUCAAAGGUUCAAGCAUCACCCACAAUGGAAACACAUCUUCACGAAAAAGUCCACUUGGGUACAGUUUCAGCUGUCGUGAGUUCACGAACUCAAUCGCGCUGCAACAUCUGUCUUCAAAACAAACACAACAGCUGCCAAACCGUUCGUUCACGAACCAAACAAAUGAAAAUCUUGAUCGAGAAGAAAAAGCCUCACCAAGUCCAAUCAAUCAUGAAAGAUUUAAUCGAAGAAGGCCACACACCAACACUCGUCACAUACACAACCGUCUUAGCCGCUUUAACCCUCCAAAAGCGUUUCAACUCCAUCCCAUCCCUCCUUUCCAAAGUCGAAUCCAACGGCUUGAAACCCGACUCGAUCUUCUUCAACGCCAUGAUCAACGCGUUCUCAGAGUCUGGAAACAUCAAAGAAGCCAUGAAAAUGUUCAAGAAAAUGAAGGAUAGCGGGUGCAAGCCGACAACAAGCACUUUAAAUACUUUAAUCAAAGGGCUUGGGAUUGUAGGUAAGCCGGAAGAAUGUAUAAAGUUGUUAGAAAUGUUGAGGUUAGAAGAAAACGUGAAGCCGAAUGAUAGAACGUUUAAUAUAAUUGCUCAAGCUUGGUGUAGUAAAAAGGAUAUCGCAGAAGCAUGGAAUGUUGUUCAUAAGAUGGUGGAUUAUGGUAUAAAACCUGAUGUUGUGACGUAUAACACGAUAGCACAAGCUUAUGCUUUGAAUGGAGAUACGUAUAGGGCCGAGGAUAUGAUAUUUCAAAUGCAGAAUAAUAAAGUGGCUCCGAAUAAACGAACAUGUGGGAUUAUAGUUAACGGGUAUUGUAGAGAAGGAAACAUGAAUGAGGCUAUGAGAUUUGUUUACCGAAUGAAGGAUCUUGGUGUGCUACCAAACGAUGUCGUUUUCAAUUCGCUUAUCAAAGGGUUUAUUGAUGCUGCAGAUUCUGAUGGAGUUGAUGAGACACUAGAGAUGAUGGAGGAAUUUGGGGUCAAACCUGAUGUUAUUACAUUCAGCACCAUUAUGAAUGCAUGGAGUUCAGUAGGACUGAUGGACAAAUGUCAAGAUAUAUUCGAUGACAUGAUCAAGAACGGGAUUGAACCCGACAUUCACGCAUUUGGUAUCUUGGCCAAGGGCUAUGUCCGGGCUGGAGAACCCGAGAAAGCCGAAGCACUUUUGCAAGUUAUGAAGGAAUCAAAAGUGAGCCCAAAUGUUGUAAUCUUCACUACUGUCAUUAGUGGAUGGUGCAGUGCAGGAAAGAUGGAUUAUGCCAUGCGGGUUUUCGAUAAGAUGGGCAAAAUGGGUGUUUCACCUAACUUGAAGACUUUUGAAACUUUGAUUUGGGGUUUUGGAGAAGCAAAACAACCAUGGAAAGCCGAAGAGUUGCUGCAAGUUAUGGAAGAGAAGGGGAUUGUUCCGCAAAAGAACACUGUCGAGCUUGUUGCAGAAGCAUGGCGUGCCAUUGGUGUUACCGAUGAAGCUAAGAGGAUUAUGGAUCAUGUUGAAGAAGAUGAUGACAACUUUAAUGAAGAUGAUGAUGAUGAUAUCGUUGAUUUGGGUGUGAAGAAGGAUGAAAUGCUCGUGAAUGUGAUUAACGAAGGAAACGGGUCGCCAACUAUUAAGUCGAGAAGCAGAAUUGUUGUUGAAAGAUCAAAGUUUUCACCAGAAAGCAUAAGUAGUGUGGCAAGAAAGUCGGUUCAUAGUUGUCGAUUUGGGGUGAAAUCGAUGUCAGUGUUUCACAAGCGGGUUCAAGUUAAGCUUCAGGUUUCAUUUUAUGGACACGUGAACAUUUGCAAACUGGUGUUUUGAAGUUUGCAGAAGAGAAAGUUGUGUGCAUGGUUAGAAAGCCUCUUGAAGUUGCAAAAAAGAUUGAAGGGUGUAGAUUCAUUUCAAGUUCUGCAGCUGGUUUUCUGUGCUUAUAUAAAAUUGUGUAAUCUUUGUAUAAAGCAUGCCUAGAUUCACAGGCAGACACACAUUUCAUUCCCCAUUUAACAAAAAAAGGUUAUGUACAUGUUUUUUGAUCUUUAUUUAACAGUAAAUCUUUCGUUUA